GACAUAUUGGGUGUCUCAAAAUCACUGAGAACUCUAUAGUCUAUAGCUCAAAAUUUAAGCCCUGGACUUUUUUAGCUCUACCCCAUUGAGUGGCAUUCUCGUGAAAAUUAUGUAAAUAUAUUUAUCAGAAUAAGGGUUAGAGUAUGGGGCGGCGGGUGAGGUGCAGAAGAAGAAUAAGAAGAAGUUGUACCUAUCCAGUAAUUUUAUCUUAAUUUGUGGACUAGACGAAGACUAGAUUUUGAUGAAGAAAUCGACAAACUUGAACUGCAGGACUCGUGGCGCUGCUCGCCUCCUCGCCAAUGCGAACGCGUUCUCUGAGGACAACCCGCCCAAGGCUACCAUGGCGAAGCCACGCCACCGCGCCGGCUAUAGACUCACGGUCUGAAGCGAGUUUGGGCGCGACGGCUGGCGAGCCAAGGCGGCGGAAAGUCGUCUGGCGGAGCUCCCGUCUAAGGCGAGCUUGAUCUGGUCAGACAGCUCCGCCACCGAUGGUGUGCUAGAUGGAGGAGGAGGGGCCACCCCCCCCCCCGAACCGCGACAUCCGAGAGGUGCGUGUCGCGGCAGGCGCCCUCUGCUCUAGCACGCGCGGCGAGCUAUUCGCCCUAGAUCAAGGUGGCCGGAACAUCGGUCAAAGGAUCCCCGCACCUGAGACUCCUAGGAGUCACCUUCGACAGACUCCUCCACUUCGGGGAACACUGCAAGAACCUGCGCCGGAAAGUGAAGCCCAGGACGGCUCAGCUGAGGAAGCUGACCGGUCGCAGCUGGGGCCUCCAGGAGGCGCAACUACGGACCGUUGCCAACGGAUACGUUCGGGGCGCCCUGGAGUACGCGGCAGCAGCGUGGCUCCCGGCGGCGUCUGAAGCUCACGUCGAGCUGAUCGAGCGGGAGCUGCGAGCGGCGGCCCGUGCGGUCACUGGCUGCACGGCCUCGACCCCGACCGCGCCGCUGAUGGCCGAGGCCGGCAUCCCGCCGGCGCGAGUACGAUGCCCGGCGCUGGCCGCCCGCAUGGUGGGCCUGGCCGCCUCGCUGCCCGGCGACGACCCGCUCCACGCCGUCGGGGAGAUGCACGUCGCGCCCCGCCUGAGGACGACCACCGGAUGGCGUGACGUCGGCCACCGCGCCCUGGCUUGGACAGGCGCGGCCGACGUCAAAGUGGAAGGACGCCCUACAAAGACUAUCCCACCGUGGGACCACCAUGGAGAAGCCGUGACGUUCUGCCUGGACGUCGGCCCCGGCGGCCAGAGAGCGGCCCCUGCGCACAUACGGAGGGGAGCGGCAGAGGCCACAUUGGAACAUCUGCCGCCCCGCGCCACCUGGAUAUGGUCGGACGGCUCGGCGGAGGGAGGCGUCUCCCAAGGCGGGGGCGGUGCCACCAUCACCUUCCCGUCGGGAGAGACUCGGGAGGUCCGAGUCCCAGCGGGCCAGCUCUGCUCCAGUACGCGGGCAGAGCUGUGUGCCCUGAAGGCGGCCCUGAACGCCAUCCGAGACGCCGACGCCGACAUCGCAGACGACCCAAUAGUCAUCUGCACCGACUCCCAGGCCGCCCUGAGGAUGCUGGAGAGCGGCGCCUCCUCCCAGACGACUCACCUAGGGAUCUCCAUCUGGGAGGACCUACUCGCUCUCUCCAGCCGAGGGUCACCGAUCCGCCUCCAGUGGGUCCCGGCGCACUGCGGCCUGCGGGAAAAUGAGAGGGCCGAUGAGCUGGCCAAGGAGGCCUCCGGCCUACCCCAGGAGGCAGCAGCAACAGACGUGAGGACGCUAACGAAGGCCGUCGCACGCUGCGCCUCCCACCGCUGGCGGCAGGAAUGGCCGUCCAGCUUCUUCAAGGACAUCAUGCGGGACCGUAUGCCGGCUCCGCUCAACAACCUCGACCGGGAUGCCGCCGUCAACGUCCACCAGCUGCGGGCCGGGCACUGGGGUCGCUCGCAGCAGUAUCUGCACCGUAUCGGGCGGCGCCCCAUCCCGACCUGCCAGCAGUGCAACCUCAAGGCGUGCCCCGCAGCCCGCUGCAUCGUGUGCAGAGAGGGCGCCGACACCCCGGAGCAUGUGUUGCUCAGGUGCCCGUGCCUGGCCGGCGCCCGCCUGCGACUGACGGGCAACAUCCACAUCCGACCAGAGCAGCUGAAGGACGGCGAGCUGGUGGCGGCCUUGGCCGCCGGCUACCUCCGCCACAAGGAGCCCCUCACGGGGUUACAGGCCGGCCCCAGCCGGCCCUGAGGGGAACACCAACAACAACAACAACAGCUAUUCGCCCUAAGAGCGGUGUUGGAGGAGCUGGCCGGACGGAUGGUACCGGUCGAUAUGGGUCGACCGCCGUCUGUCCCAACGGUAGCGCCGAUCGACGUGGCACUAUCUGCAAGGCAGGCGCGCGCGCGCGACAGGCGCGCCACGGCAGGCGCGCGCGCGACGCUGCGCGCGCCUGCCGGUCGAUAUGGGUCGACCGCUGUCCUGGCUCCGUCCUGGAGGCCGACCGUGCAGUCGUUAUCGACAUCCGCCAGUACCUGCUCUGCAUCGGCCGCCUCCCGAGGCCGGAUGCCCACAAUGCAACGACGUGGAGUGCCCUGCUGCCCGAUGCCGCGUCUGCCGCGAAGAGGCUGGCACUCCACGGUAUGUGCUGCUGCGAUGCGCGGCGCUGGCGGCGUUACGACAAAGAGCCUCGGCAGCUGAACUGCUUCAAGCGACGUAACGAUAUCUGCCCUCCCCUCCCCUAUCGAGCCGCGUGGGUGUGGACGGACGGGUCGGCAGACGCGAGAACCUGCAGCGAAGGAGCUGGGGUCUACGGGUAGUAGCAGGACGAAUGGACUGAUGAGCCGCGUGUCCCGGCCGGUCCAUUCUGCUGUUCCAGCUCCAGGACCGGCCGCGCCGUCGCCACCCGUCCGGCGUCAGUGGAGGACCGCUCAUCAGCUGUCGAUUUUCAUCAGUUUCGUUUGGACCACUGGUCGGGCUCCUGCCAGUGCCGACAUUGGAUUGGGCGGAGUCCUACCGGUGAAUGCCGCGAGUGCUGCAACAUUGGCUCGGUACAUCUCGGUACAUUUUCCCGAGUCUGGUGUGGCUACGGGGAGACGGAUUUGGUGACCCUGGCUGCCGCCGUGAGAACCAUCCAGAACCGUACGGCUAUGCUGCGGCAGCGGCUGAAAGGAACGCAACAACAAUAACUACAACAGCAGCUGCUAAUGAAAGGGGAAAUCAUGGAGCCGGAUGACCCGGCACAUGACGCUCAGCCAGCUGAGAAUGAGAGCAGCUAUCAAAUCGCCAGCAGGGUGCUGCGGCAGGCGGCUGGUAACUGACGACCUUGGUAGAGAGAGCUUCUCCGCUGAUGCGGAUGAAACUACCCCCUCUCGGGUUUGUUUGACGCCGUCUCCGUCGUCGACUCUUUCGCCUGGGCCGGCUGGCGACCGCGCUACAUUUCUUGUGCAGUGACUCGUAAGUCGUAACUGUGUUCACCAAACUUUUAAAACUCCCCACGUUAGCAUCUUUAAAGAAUGUUUUCCUUGUACACUGCUGCAAUGUCUUAUGUAGGCAUAUUGUACAGUCUAAACGAGUGUGGAAUGCUUUGUUGUGCUUGUUCUGUAUUUCGUUUGCUAUUUAUCACGAUGACUAUAAUUCAUUUUGACCAACCCUUGCCUUGUUACAAUUUUAGUGGAUGGUUUCUGAACUGCUGUUUGCAUUAUAGAUGUUGCUAGUGCGUAGACGCCAAAGAUUACUUUAUACCUAUUGACGCGCCAGAUAAAGGAGGUGAAGUAUUCCUCUGAUCUAUACCUACGGAAUUCCUUUAUGUGUGUUUUGUAAUCGAUAUUGGCGGUUUUCUUAUGUGAUGCGGUGUAGAGCGUGACUGAGGAAGGCGAUGUUUAAAGUUGCUAGUUAUUUUUCAAUACAUCUAUGAUCGGA